AACUCCACUCUCUCUCUCAGCCUCGGCAUUAAACUGAAACGGAUCCAGUACAAUAGCCACCGCGCCACCCCAUAGGCCAUACCUCAGUACAUACGCUCCAUCACCGUUAAACGCAGUAAUACUAAUAAUCACACCUUGGAAAUAAACGUUUCUGAUUUACUCCCAUGUUUUUACAUUUCACUGGUCACAUCCUACCACCGAGCAUCAUCGCUUGCCAAUCCCGAUUAAAGGCUAAAACACCAUUCGUUCUUUUAAGUUUUCCCACUCUUGAGCUGAAAUUUUCGGACAUAUUUGAUUUAUGCUCAAGCUAAAACCCUAGAAUUUCCCAAUCGAAUCCCCCUUCCCCAAAUUCAGUCCUCAAUUUUGCGAUCUCGAAUUUAUAUAUAUCACAGCCUCUACAGUCCAUGCAAUGGUGGUCUGUAAAUGCCGCAAGGCGACUAAAUUAUACUGUUUUGUGCACAAGGUUCCUGUUUGUGGAGAGUGUAUAUGCUUUCCCGAGCAUCAGAUAUGCGUGGUCCGUACCUACUCAGAUUGGGUAAUAGAUGGAGAAUAUGAUUGGCCUCCAACAUGCUGCCUUUGUCAUACUGUCCUUGAAGAUGGAACUGACUCUCAAACUACUCGAUUGGGUUGCCUGCAUGUUAUACACACAAGCUGCUUGCUUUCGCAUAUUAAAGGGUUUCCCCCUCACACAGCUCCUGCUGGAUAUGCUUGUCCAGCGUGCUCAACUUCGAUAUGGCCUCCUAAAAAUGUGAAAGAUUCGGCAUCUCUUCUUCACUCAAAGCUUAAAGAAGCUAUUAUGCAGACUGGUUUGGAGAAGAACUUGUUUGGAAACCAUCCAGUUUCAUUGCCUGCAACUGAGUCCCGGAGUCCUCCCCCUGCUUUUGCCUCAGAUCCAUUAAUAACAAUGGGCAAGAAAGAAUAUGCUGCAGGCUUGACGCCUUCAGUUGGCAAAGAUUCUGAAAUUGUGGACAUUGUGGAGAUUGAUGACCCUAGUUCAGCGUCUCCUCCUCUAUCUAAUCACGAAUCCACUCUAAUGAAAAGUUCAAGUCCACCUGGGGCUGGUGCUACAACCCGAAAGACUGCAGCUCAGGUUGAAAGGCAAAAUUCUGAAAUUUCAUAUUAUGCUGAUGAUGAAGAUGGAAAUCUCAAAAAGUACACACGAAGGGGAAACUUUCGCCAUAAGUUUUUUAGGUCAUUGCUACCUUUCUGGUCAAGUGCAUUACCAACUUUACCAGUGACUGCACCACCAAGGAAAGAUGCAUCGAAUCUAGAUGAUAUUCCAGAAGGUCGCACAAGACAUCACAAGUCCUCGAGGAUGGAUCCGAGAAAACUCCUCCUCAUCAUAGCUAUCAUGGCCUGCAUGGCAACAAUGGGAAUUCUGUACUACAGGCUUGCACAACGAAGUUUUGGGGAGGAGCUACCUGAUGAUGAGCAGCGAUAAUCUUCUUCUAGGGUUGUGAUGGUGGAUCAAGAUCUCAGAUUACCUUUAAGUGUAAACUUUUUGGUUCUUUGAACCUCUUCUUGUUUCCUUGUGGUUCUCCUUCCUGAGAAUUGUGGCUGGCAUCCUGUGGAACCUACAAGUCUUUGACUAUAGAAUCAGUUUUUGAAAAUGGUUCCUCUGACGACACAAAAGAAUACCUAUCCUUCCCAUGUUCUCUACCUUCCGUCACUGUUGGUCUUGUUUGUUUAUCGUUUUCCAGUGAUUGGUCGCUUAGAGUCAAAAUGGAAUAUCAGGUGAAGAGGAGCAGGUCUUUUUGUUCAUGAUUUAUUUUGUAAUUAUUAAUUUUUUUUGCUCCUACAAAGGAAAAAAAAAAUUCUCAGUUUUUGGCUGACGAUCAAGCAAUACAUUAAGCUGUACCAUCGGAGUUUGUUUGAAAUGUUUCGUCCUCUUUACCUUUUUCUA